UCCGUCUGGUCCUUGAGCCGGCGGCGGACGGCAGAGCAAUGGCCUUGAGGCUGCUGAGACUUCUCCCGGUGUCAGCGUCCGCGCGGGGCCUCGCGGCCGGAGCCCAGCGCGUGGGACAGAUUCAUACCAGUGUGCAAUGCCAGCUGAAGUACGGACCUCUUGCCUUCGUUCUUGGUGAUAAGACAACCAAAAAACUGAAUGAGUACAGCCGAGUGAUAACAGUAGACGGGAAUAUAUGCUCCGGGAAGAACAAACUCGCAAAGGAGAUCGCAGAGAAGCUAGGCAUGAAGCACUUUCCAGAAGCAGGCAUCCAGUACUCAAGCAGCACCACAGGCGAUGGAAGGCCCCUCGACACGGAAUUUAGUGGCAACUGUAGCUUAGAGAAAUUUUAUGAUAAUCCCAAAAGCAAUGAUGGCAACAGCUACCGCCUGCAGUCCUGGCUGUAUGCCAGCCGCCUCCUACAGUACUCAGACGCCCUAGAACACCUGUUGAGCACAGGACAAGGUGUGGUCUUGGAGCGUUCCAUCUACAGUGACUUUGUCUUCCUGGAGGCAAUGUACAACCAGGGCUUCAUCCGAAAGGAGUGUGUGGACCACUACAAUGAAGUAAAACGGCUCACUCUUCCAGAGUACCUGCCACCCCACGUAGUCGUUUAUAUUGAUGUGCCCGUACCAGAGAUACAGAGCCGGAUCCAGAAGAAAGGAGAUCCACAUGAAAUGAAGAUCACCUCUGCCUAUCUCCAGGACAUCGAGAAUGCCUACAAGAACACCUUCCUCCCAAAGAUGAGUGAGCAAUGUGAGGUUUUGGUGUACAGUACCUGGGAAUCUGAAGACUCAACCAAGGUGGUAGAGGACAUAGAAUACCUUAACUACAACAAAGGGCCAUGGCUUGAACAGGAUGACCGUACCUUUCACAACCUACGGAUGCUGGUUCAGGAUAAGAUGGAUGUGCUGAAUUACACGACUGUUCCUAUCUACCUUCCAGAAAUCACGAUUGGAGCUCACCAGGGUACCCGAAUCUACAACAGCUUCAGAGAGCUGCCAGGCCGCAAGUACAACCCAGGAUACAAUGAAGAGGUGGGUGACAAGUGGAUCUGGCUGAAGUGAAUGGUCCCCUCUGCCACGCUGUGUCACAGCCAUGAAGAUGUCUGCUCUGCCCAACUUUGAACUCCAGAGCUUUACAAGACAACAGGAAGAAAAAACAAUGAUCAAGAAAUUGCCCGAAGAAAUGGUCAAGAAAAAAGUCUUUCCUGUGCCUAGUUAGUUGAUUGAAUGAUUCAACUUCCAUUGAAAAGGUUCUGGAACCUUCCAGUAAAAACAAAACAAAGCAGGUCUGCUCUGGAAGAGCAGCUCCCACUGGACGCCCCGUGUCCCUGUGCUGUGUCUUUCAAUCCUGCCAACUUCAAGAAAUAAAUCUGGCUCUAUAGCUCCUCCUCCUGUGUCCACAUGCGUGCACAUAUGCAUGCAUGCACGCACGCACGCAAACACAUACACACAUACAUGUGGUGGUGAUGCGCAGCCCUUCCAUGCCUUCCCUGCAGUUUGCAUUCACACACAAUGUUGAAAUGGUUUUCUGAAGCAUUUCUUCUUUUAACAGUGCACAUUAGAACAAAAAGGGAAGAAGAACCCCACGACUAGCAGAAUGGUGUCGUCUAGAGUAGGCUCACUUGAUGAGCAUGGAAUGUGGGUACAGAGCAAGGUCUCAUACUGUCACCAAAAAUCAGGGUGCCAGUCCCAAGUGAAGAAAGCAAUUGCGUUUUGGUUUUCACCUGUAUUGGACCCUAGUGGGAAGGAGUCUUUAUGAGCGAGUGUCAAUCUGUGUUGCUAUUCAGGAGCACCUCUGUAAGUUGUCCUAAGUUGUAAGUUUGUACUGAGCCCCUGCUACAUAUGAUUUAAAUUUAACUUAAUUAAAACUUAAUGAAAUUUA